AUGGGAGAAAAAUCUACUGCAUCAGGCUCUGGGUCUGGUGGUGUUUCUCUCUCCCAUCCAGCCCACUGCCUCACAGCUGAUGCAGCAACUCGGGAAUUAGCCACCCAUCCUGACGAUGGCCUUACUGCGCAGGAGGCAAAAGCACGUCUGGACAAGUAUGGACAGAACAAGCUUGAGGACGGAGAAGGCGUCUCGGUCGUCAAGAUCCUGAUCCGUCAAAUUGCAAAUGCCAUGAUGCUAGUCCUUAUCAUGGCCAUGGCCGUGAGUUUCGGAAUUCAAUCUUGGAUUGAAGGCGGCGUCAUUGCCGCUGUCAUCAUCCUAAACAUCGUUGUCGGGUUCUUCCAGGAAUACGCUGCUGAGAAGACUAUGGACUCGCUGCGUUCGUUGAGUUCGCCCACCGGAACUGUCUCUAGAGAUGGGCAAACUAUCGUCAUUCCGUCCAUUGACAUUGUUCCUGGUGAUAUGAUCGAAUUAAAAACCGGUGAUACCGUUCCAGCUGAUCUUCGACUUGUUGAAGCAGUAAACUUCGAAACCGAUGAGGCUCUGCUUACCGGAGAAUCACUCCCUGUUCAGAAAGACUGUGACAUGGUGUUCAAAGAAGACGUUGGCCCGGGAGAUAGAUUGAACAUCGCGUACAGUUCGUCUACUGUGACCCGCGGCCGUGCCCGUGGUGUUGUCGUAGCCACCGGAAUGAACACUGAGAUUGGUUCAAUUGCCGCUGCUCUAAGAGCAUCAGAUAGCAAGCGUCGGCCAGUCAAGCGCGGGCCCAGCGGAGAGACCAAGAAACGGUGGUAUGUGCAGGCCUGGGCUCUGACAGGAACUGAUGCCGUGGGAAGAUUCCUCGGAGUUAACGUUGGAACUCCCUUGCAACGAAAACUCUCAAAGCUAGCUCUGCUUUUGUUCGGGGUUGCUGUGCUCUUCGCUAUUGUUGUGAUGAGCGCGAACAAAUGGAGUAGCAAUAACGAAGUUAUUAUCUACGCUGUUGCUACCGGCCUUAGUAUGAUUCCUGCCUGUCUAGUGGUGGUUUUGACCAUCACCAUGGCUGUUGGUACGAAGAGAAUGGUCGAGAGGCACGUUAUUGUCCGGAAGCUUGAUUCCCUCGAAGCCCUAGGCGCAGUGACGAACAUCUGCUCCGACAAGACCGGCACACUCACUCAGGGGAAAAUGGUUGCAAAGAAGGCCUGGAUCCCAUCGAUAGGAACUUACUCCGUAGGCACUUCGAACGAGCCAUUUAAUCCCGAAGUAGGUGAAAUCAGCCUUGAUGAACUUCCUCCAGUCAAGGUGGACGAGGAGAAGCUCGCAUCACCUACUCAUCCCAAUGAACUGCUAAAGGGUAGCCCCCAGCUGGAAGAAUUCCUCAAUAUUGCUGCGAUGGCUAAUCUCUCGCACGUCUACCGAUCUGAAAAUGAAGGGAACGAGUGGCGUGCCAGAGGUGAGCCCACAGAGAUCGCUAUACAGGUCUUUGCAUCGAGAUUCAACUGGAACAGGGACCGUUGGACAAAAGGAGAGGGAGCAAUCUGGCAUCAGAAAGCUGAAUUCCCGUUCGAUUCCGACGUGAAGAAGAUGUCAGUUAUUUUCCACAAACUCACCGAGUCGGAGGAUAAAGAGAUGGUUUUCACUAAGGGAGCGGUGGAACGUAUUCUCGAUUCAUGCACAAGUGUUAUUUUGGACGCAGCUCAAGGCCCGGUGCCCAUUACUGAUGAUAUCCGCAACGACAUACUAGAGAACAUGGAGGCACUGGCCAAACUCGGUCUGCGAGUCCUUGCACUCGCCAGUCGGCCGUAUUCUCCUACCGCUCACGCACUCGAGGAUGCGGAUAUCAACCGUGAAGAUGUUGAAAAGGACCUACAAUUCUGCGGCUUGAUCGGACUCUACGACCCACCACGCCCCGAGACAGCAGGUUCGAUCGCAGAAUGUUACAAGGCUGGAAUAUCGGUCCACAUGGUCACCGGCGAUCACCCAGGGACAGCUCGUGCUAUUGCAGCACAGGUCGGAAUCAUUCCUUCAGACCUGAGCAUGGUUGCCCGUGAUGUAGCUGACGCAAUGGUCAUGACUGCAAGCCAGUUUGACAAGCUAUCCGAAGACGAAAUUGACCGUCUGCCAACCCUUCCACUGGUUAUUGCCCGGUGUGCACCACACACCAAAGUCCGUAUGAUCAAAGCCCUCCACAGACGAGGCAAGUUUGCAGCUAUGACUGGCGAUGGUGUCAAUGACUCUCCAUCGUUGAAGCAUGCAGAUGUCGGUAUUGCAAUGGGCCAGAGUGGCUCUGAUGUAGCCAAGGAUGCCUCUGAUAUCGUUUUGACAGACGACAACUUUGCGUCCAUCCUUAACGCUGUUGAAGAAGGCCGUCGUAUCUUUGAUAACAUCCAGAAAUUCGUUCUGCAUCUGCUUGCAGAGAACAUUGCACAGGCCUGCACCUUGCUUAUCGGGUUAGCGUUCAAGGACAACGACAACCAGUCUGUCUUCCCACUGGCUCCUGUAGAAAUCCUGUGGAUUAUCAUGAUCACGUCCGGAAUGCCUGAUAUGGGUCUUGGAAUGGAGAUCGCAGCCCCCGAUAUCAUGGACAGGCCACCCCAGAGCAAACAAGGAAUCUUCACUUGGGAGAUCAUUGUGGAUAUCCUGGCCUAUGGCUUGUGGAUGUCGGCACUCUGUCUAUCUGCCUUUUCUCUGGUAGUAUACGGUUUCGGAGACGGCAACCUAGGCACGCACUGCAACCGAGACUACACGCCUGAAUGCGACACCGUCUUCCGAGCGCGAGCAACGACAUUUGUCUGCCUGACUUGGUUCGCCCUCUUCCUGGCUUGGGAGAUGGUCAACCUUCGCCGCAGCUUCUUCCGCAUGCAGCCUGGCUCAAAGCUGUACCUGACACAGUGGAUGCAUGACGUCUGGCGCAACCAGUUCCUCUUCUGGGCCAUCAUGGCGGGCUUCAUCACCAUCUUCCCGCUGUUGUACAUUCCUGUGAUCAACCAUAAGGUGUUCAGACAUACUGGUAUCACCUGGGAAUGGGGUAUUGUCUUUGUCGAAUCUCUGCUGUUCUUCCUUGGAGUCGAGGCCUGGAAAUGGGGGAAGAGAAUCUUUUUCCGCCGCCAGGCACGCCUCAAUGAAGCGUCUAGCACAAGCGAAGUGUCUCGAGUCCGAGGAGCUAGCUCUGUGGAAGAAUAA